GUAGCGCCGUCGUUGUUUACCCGAUCGAACUGUUGGUUGAACUUUGAAAGUCUGAUAAAAAAUAUGUGCCAAGUAAGCAAGGAUUAGGACGUCGUCGAAGGAAGGUGCACAAGUCAAGUGUGUAAGGCCAGCAGUAGCAGCACCAGUGUUUGAUGACUCAUCGCCUCAGCCUCCGCAUCAGUGUUAGCUACGCGAGCCACACGGCUCUGCGAUCAUUUAGUCUGCUGUUAGCCUAGUCGCACGUCCGCUCGUCCGCUAGCGAGAGAGAGAGAGCUCUAGAGAGAGAGGGAGAGAGCAACCUGCACCGCUUAGAAUAUGCGUAGGAGGUUGCUCCUAGCAAGUAGACACUUAUAGACAUAGACUUAGACAGUUAGAGACACGCAAAGAGACUUAUACGCUUAGAGACACAGCGACUUCGAGACACAGAGAGAAAGGAGGGCAGAUAGAGAUAAAGAGAGCGAGAGCAAUAGCUGUUAUGCACAGCGUGCUCUCAGUGACUGCCCCGCUACGACCCACUUCUCAAAAAGUGGAAGAUUCACACAGUGAAUUCAGCAUUAGGAACUUUCCAGGCAGCUCACACCGACGAUAGCAGUCGGCCGGUAUAGCGCCACCUAGCGGCGUAGAACAGAACUAGUGCCAUUGGCGAGAGAUCACCGCAACAAUGGAGGUGAUUGUGAGAGCGCCCCCGCCAGCAUGCUGUCGCGACAAGUCUACAGGCAGCUGUCACAGAGCUGACCACCAGAGGGCGAUGUUGAUGUUGACAACGAUUGACGAUGUGGCAUCGCUUGUUAGAACCAACAACGUUGAUGUGUUGUUGAUCGACAGUCGGACGUUCCUCGAGUACAAUACGUUCCACAUCGACGGUGCCGUGAACAUCAACUGCUCGAAGCUUGUCAAGCGACGUCUGCAACAGGGAAAGGUGUCAGUGGGAGAGUUGAUCUGUCAGUCGUGCCGACUGGACACGCUAGACUACUCUGACGUCAUCGUCUACGACGAGCAGACGGAAUCGCUCGAGCAGGUCUCUCAGGACAGCUUUCUGCACGUGCUCAUCGCCAAGCUCCGAGAUGCCUUCAACAGCGUCAGUCUGCUGCAAGGUGGAUUCCUGGCGUUCCAGGGAGCGCAUCCGGAGCUGUGCGAGAUGAAGAAUCAGCGGCUGGUGAGCCUGACGUCACACUCGCAGCCGUGCAUGUCGGUGAGCGCCAGCGCUCCGACCAAGAUCCUCCCCUUCCUCUACCUGGGAAGCCAGGUAGAUGCCCUCGACGUAGAAAUGAUGCAGGCCCAUGACAUAUCGUACGUGUUGAAUGUAUCCAACAACUGUCUCAAGUCGGACAGCGUGCCCAACGAACACUUCCUGCGCAUUCCCGUCAGCGACAACUACAAGGAGAAACUCAUACCCUGGUUUGACAUCGCCUUCAACUUCCUAGACAAGGUGCGCGAGUCGAACGCGUGCGCGCUCAUCCACUGCCUCGCCGGCGUCUCGCGAUCGCCGACGUUCGCCAUCGGCUACAUCAUGAAGCGGAUGCGCAUCAGCUCCGACGAAGCCUACAGGUACGUCAAGGAGAAACGCGUCGGCAUCUCGCCCAACUUCAACUUCCUCGGACAGCUGCUCGACUGGGAACGCCACCUGGUGGGUGAGGGCCGCAUCGCGCGCGAGCCACCGCCAAAGCGUCAUUGCUCCAUCGACGCCACCGGGCAGACGCCGGCCGCCGCGGCAACGACGAUGACCACCACGGUCUCCCCGACGACCGCGCUCGCCCAGCUCAGCUUUUCGACCCUCGCCGGCAGCAGCGGCGCCCUCUCGCGGGAGGACCUGUGCUGCGGCCGCGCCUGCAUCCCGACGUCGCAGCUCAGCUCGAUCAGCUUCACGCCAAGCGUAGAAUGCAGAGUCGUAUACGGCGUUAAGAUGGAUUCCACCGGGAUAAAGGAACCUCGGUCCUUCAAACAGCAUUCUAAAUCGUCGCAGAACAAUAACGGCUGA